AGAGAGAAAUAUUUUCUCAACGUUUACUUCCAACUUUCCCCAAAAUGGACACAACUCACUUGCAACGCCAGGCUGCCUUUGUGAGGAAGAACCUUUUUGAUCAGGGAUAUCUUGAUGAACAAUUUAUUCAGCUGGAGGAGUUGCAAGAUGAUGCCAACCCUAACUUUGUCGAGGAAAUUGUCACAUUGUUUUACAAUGAUUCGGCUAGAUUGAUCCGCAACAUAGAAUUGGCACUGGAGAAUAGCCCUCCUGAUUUUGCUAGGCUGGAUGAUUCUAUGCACCAGUUCAAAGGCAGCAGCUCAAGCAUUGGUGCCAAAAAGGUGAAGAAAGAAUGCACACAGUUCCAAGAAUAUUGCAACGCAGCGAAUGCUCAAGGAUGCAUCAGGACAUUCCAACAAGUGAAGCAAGAGCUUGUUAUUCUGAGGAGGAAGCUUGAAACUUAUUUCCAGCUCGCAAGACAAACCGCCUAAUGUGCAGAGUUUUAAUCAAAUAUCUCAAAGCUGAUGACGAGGACAUAGACAAACACGGCGUGAAACUAUAGUAAAUAAGUACCAACAAAGGGAGUGUGUAGAUAUCCUAUGUGUUUUUACAUCCCAUACAUGUUCUAGAAUCUACAUCCUAAUGCUACUAAUAAAUGCGACUUUCACUUCUCCAUAGUUUCCUUUU